UCAAUAUUGACUCAGCCUCGACUUUCGGAGAUAUCUAAAAAAAAAGUGAAAUUACAAAGAUGUUUAUUAAAUUUGAAAUAUCUCGCGAGAAUUUCUUCAAUUAGCCUGCUAAAAAGUUUUGUUUUGUUGGUGAUAAUUUGCUGUUUAUGUCGUAAUUAAAAGUGCGACAAACAAAAACGUGAUUCUUAACGCGCUUUAAAAGAUAAGUUGCCAACACACAAAGAAAGCUUGACAAGAUCUUCAAAAAAAGACAAAAAGUAUAUAAAGAUAAACAUAAAAAAGCAGUGAAAUAAAUAUGGCGUUAUAUAUAAAAUAUCCAAAAACCUGCCGCAAUAAGAAACCGAGUGCUGCCACACUUUUAACACCACCUGAUUCGUCGCUUUCGUCAUCAUCAGGUUCAUUGUCAAGUGGUAACAGUGAACAUAAGCAGCAUCCAAAAAGAAAUACAAUUCGAUACAAGACACAUUCGACAUUGGCUGUCAUCCCGAGACGUAAAAAGUUGAAGACGAAGAAAUGUUCGUCUGUAAUGACAAGUAGUGAUGACUGCGAAAAUAUCCAACUAAAGAACAACAAUUCGACAGAUGAAAUUAACCGAAACUCAUUGUAUUCUUCAUCGAUGCCCUGGUUUGGAAUGGACAUUGGCGGCACAUUGACAAAACUUGUGUACUUCGAACCCAACGAUGAUGAGCCAGAAGAUGAUAAAGAGGCCAAGGUGUUGAGAAAGAUUCGACAUUAUUUGACGAAAAACGCAGCGUAUGGUAAAACUGGACAUCGUGAUAGCCAUUUACAAUUGGACAAUGUCGAGAUUAGGGACAAAAAGGGUUCACUACAUUUCAUUCGCUUUCCAACCGCCGAAAUGGGAAGCUUUUUGCAACUGGCGCGGUCAAAAGGAAUGGCAAAGCUUCUAACAACUGUCUGCGCAACAGGUGGAGGUGCUUUCAAGUUUGAAGAAGAAUUCCGCACAGAAGUUAACAUGCAGCUUCAAAAAUUCGAUGAACUUGACGCUCUUAUUAAAGGAAUUCUUUACGCUGAAACACAUAAUCGUACCGAAUGUUAUUAUUAUGAAAAUGCAAGUGAUAUUAAUUUAAGUAAAAAAGCUCGUUUUGAUUUCUCCCAACCUUAUCCAUUUAUUUUGGUUAAUGUUGGUUCGGGUGUAAGCGUAUUGGCAGUUCGUGGACCAACAGACUAUAAGCGCAUAUCUGGAACAAGUCUUGGUGGUGGAACAUUCCUUGGUCUUUGUUGUCUUCUCACGGGUUGCAAUACAUUUGAAGAAGCCAUUCAACUUGCAACAAAAGGUGACCACACAAAGGUCGAUAAAUUAGUUCGUGAUAUUUAUGGCGGCGAUUACGAACGUUUCGGUCUUCCAGGAAGUUUAGUUGCUUCAAGUUUCGGUCAAAUGAAUUUAAGUGACCGUCGUCAAAGCGUAUCGAGGGAAGAUUUAGCAAACGCCACAUUAGUUACAAUCACAAACAACAUCGGCCUGAUAGCGAGAAUGUGUGCGCUCAAUGAGAAAAUUGAUAAGGUCGUCUUCGUUGGUAACUUUUUACGAGUUAAUCCGAUAUCAAUGAAGUUGUUAGCCUUCGCAAUGGAUUACUGGUCCAAGAAUUCACUCAAAGCGCUCUUCCUUGAGCAUGAGGGAUACUUUGGCGCAAUUGGAACGCUUCUUCUCGCUUAAAACAUUUGAAUUUAAAAUAUUUAAUAAUUAUAAAGAACUUUCUACAAAAUAUCAUCGUCGUAUGUUAGCAGCUUUAAAUGCACAUUUCGUUUCGUUUAUUUCUUUCUUAAAAAUUCCUUGUUAGUGCGGUAGAGAAUUUUGUAUGUUCAUUAAGUUAUUAAAAACCUGUUUUCGUUCAUAAAUUUUUUGCAAAGUCAACAACAACGACACUAUUUACUUAAACUUCAUCUCGGACAAACAAAUUUAAUGUUAGAAGGAAAAACGAAGCAACAAAAUGCGUCAGGCUUUUGACAUUCAAAAUUAAGUUUUAUUAAUCUCGAUUUUUAUUCUGUAAUAAUUUAAAAAAUGUUUCUUUUGUUUUUAAGAUAAUUUUCAUAUUUAUUGACUAUCAAACAUAAAAUUUUCCAUUUAUCUAAAUAAAAAGAAAGUAGAAAUGAAAAGAAAAUUUCCAAUUACAAAAUGUUUAAAACAGAAAGAAAUUUCUUAAACACUCUGAUGACGAUGAAGUCUUAAUUUUAAUUUAAGUACGUAUAGUAAGAGAAAGUAAUAAAACAUAUUUUAAUUAAAAUAUUCCAAAAGUACAUCAAAUUUAAUUAAUCAUAAAAACAGAAAGACUUAAAUUAUUUUCCUUUGAUUGUCAGAUGCCUGCAAUCAUCGUCUACUUAUCUUAAUUUUGUUUCAAUUCCUAACAUUGCACAACAAUUAAAUUCAACUACUUAAGAUGUAGAACAUUUUUAUACUUGACAAUGAAUAAAAUGAAAAGUUUUUAAAUAAAAACAAA